GGCAGGACGGGUAGGGUUCAUACCAGAGCCAGAAUGGGGUCAGCAGGGUCGGACAGGGUUGCGUCCUGUUACACAAGGUGAUUGUUAGUUCGAGAGGUUCAACUUCACUUCUUAGGGAAACGUCUUCCCCAUAAUAUGAAGGAAACGUACCAUCACCCAUGAUCCAUUGAGGUUCUUGAUCGUGGUAUCGGCGGGGGCAGCCAUUUUGAUGUGGUAGACUUGAGAUUGCGGGGAGGUGGGGGAUAAGACGGUGUAUAUGUUAUCAAGCUAAAUGCAAAGCGAUUUGUCCGGAUUGAACGGCGAGUGGCGAGGAUAGUCAAAAUUAGCAGUGGCCACGAGAGUGAAUGUCAGAAACUACGCAGACACCGGUCGAUUGAGUCCCUUGUUAUAUACCCUGCCUGGUUGCUCUUGCGCAUGUGUUUCUCCCGAGGCUGACACGUGCUAGAUGAUUCAGCAGAGCCAAAUUGGGAAAGAACGAUGAUGUCGUUAGCGGGUCUGCAUUCGUGGUGCCUGGAUGCCUGAGUGCCUGAGGGUUGCCAAGACCGUCCAACUCGAGCGGGUAUACUUCCCCGAAAGGUGAACUUAUUGUUGACGGUCUCUAUCUCCCCCACUCCUAGUCACCAUGGCAUUCAACAAGAAGUAUGCCGGCCUGCCUGAUCUGGACCCAGCUCCGGACAUUUACGAAACCCCUGACCUGACCGACGAAGCCUCCACCGUCCCGGCGACAACUCUCCGCACCGAUUCCGAUCACGAUGACACCGGAUUCAAUUCCGACAUAGACCGCGAGGGCGUCAACGCCGACCAGGCGCGUUUGCAUUUCAUGGGUGCGGCGGUCGACGCGCGCGACGCCAAUUUCUCCGACAGCAUUUCCUCAAAGCGCCAAGCAUAUCGUAGCAAAGAGAAGAGCAACCGAAGACGGCGGAGACGCGAGGAUGGAACCGAGGAGGUGGGCGAUCUGAGUGACAGUGAGGACGAGUCGCUCGAGCGGCGGCUGGCACGCCUGCGGCGCGAGGUGGAGGACCUGAAAGUGGAAAUGGAGAACCGGUCUAGCUCUGGACCAAACCAGGCCUUAGAGACUGACAAAAACCAGGCUGCACCUGCAGCUGAAAAGGCGGGAGACGACACGCUAGGCGAUGGCGUUGCGGAGUUGAGCCGGGCGUUGGAUAAUCUACACAGCUCGUCACGCGGCGGUCAGGCUGCUUCAUACUCAGCAGCGACGGCGCUCACGCAGAAGCUCAACACUGAAUCCAAGAUUACCACGGUGCACGGUGCAGACCCCCAGAAGAAACAAUCCACUAUCGGCGAAACGGCCGUCACACCCGUACCAUCUCAGACCGCCGCACCAUCUGCGGGACUCCUGUCUCAUGCAGCUGCGUUUGAAGGACGCCUGGCUCUGCUGGAAGCAUCGAUGGGAAUUUCAAGCUCUUCAAACCCAUUUGUCAGCGAUGGCCUCAGUGAACCCGCCUUGCAGCCCGUGCUUCCUUCGCUGAAACAGAUGACCUCCCGCCUUUCAGCGCUUACCAGUCUUCUUGCGGGUGGCAACCCUGCCUCUGGCGGCCCCAGCACGGUCCCAGGGCUUACUACUCCCCACCUGGAAGCUUUGUCCACUCGUGUUCGCAAGUUGACCACUGAUGCUGAGGCACUCGCCUCUGCUCGCAGGCGUGCAACCGACGCUGCCAAGGCUGCUCAGGCCGCACGAGUCGCUUCGAGCUCGGACGCAGACGCUCUUCCUGCGGGCGCCGGCUCUGGUGCUAUCGAUGAUGAACAGAUAGCGAAGAUCCAAGCACUCUAUGCCACCCUUCCCACAAUUCAAUCCCUGCAUCCUCUACUACCGAGCGUGUUGGAGCGCCUCCGCUCCCUACGUGCCUGUCAUGCAGGUGCUGCUCACGCUGCCGAAUCCCUCAACGAGCUUGAAAAGCGACAUGCCGAAAUGGCGACUGAGAUUGAGCAAUGGCGCGAGGGCCUCGCAGCUGUCGAGAAGAAGAUGAAACAAGGGGAGGCUGCCCUGCGUUCGAACGUUGAAACCGUUGAGCCCUGGGUGCGAGAUCUGGAGUCUCGCAUGGCCCGUCUGGAGGGCCCUCCUGGCGGGCUGUGAGAAUGAAUGAUGGUGAGAUUUGAUGUUUGUUAUUGGUCUAUACCUAGUGAGGAUGGAGGCGGAUCUUGACGCAUAAUACCCUGUUGCAUUUGUUUUUAUCCGAAUCUAAGUGCCUGGUGCCUUGAUUGGAGUCGAGACGCGCUUAACUGUCGAUAUUUCUUAUGAAUCUGUGGCUAAAUCGUCUAUUCCCCACACAAUGAUUUUAGGAUAGAUCUUCAGGAUAUGAUAUCGAAAAGAAUUGAAUGGCAUAAGCCCGCCUCUUAUACCAUUACCUCCUAAACAAACUACCUCAACACAACCUCCGUAUCAACCGCCCCCUUCCCAAGCGCAAGCUUGAAAAAUAGCAUCGUAUCUAAGAUCAACACACUUCUGAACACCUCAAGAUACCCUCUCAGGCGCUAGAGAGACUGACCCGUCGACAUAGAUUGCAGGACUCGGGUUCGCCCACUACCGAGCAACCACCCUCCAUCAUCUCAUCAAGAUGUUGGGAUACUGCAUGAUCUCAAG